AUGAGUAUGUAUCAAAGUAGUCAAUCGAACAGGUACUCAUUAUAUAUUUAUUAUUACCUCAUUUGGUAUUUUAUAUUAUUAUCUUAUAUAUUUGCUAUUCCAUUCCAUAGAAUGCAUUCAGAGAUUACAGUCAGUUUACCGGAUACUUAUCAUCCAUAUGUAAACACAAAUAAUUAUUUAAAAAAUUAUCAUAUUAUCAAUUUUAAACAUUUGAAUAAGGAGAAUUUUGUUAAAAAUAAACAAAAUACAAAUCUAUCAUUGUAUAAUCAAACUAAUAAUAUAAUGGAUAGUAACUAUAAUGUAACUACAAUAAAAGAGCAUAGUUUGUAUAAACAAUAUCAUCGACAACAAUUGCAACAACCAACAGAGGAUUUACACUUUCAAUCAGGUUCAUAUUUAAUCAAUAAUCCAUCAUAUGUUGUCAAUUCAUAUAAUCAAUAUUUAACGGAAUUGGAACAAUAUAAUCCAAAUGUUUGGUUUCAACAAAGAAAACAUUUGGCAACAUCAAAAUAUCGUUCUGAUUUAUGGACUACAUUACAUGUUGAGAAUUGCUAUGAAGUCAAACCAGCUCCAGACUUGUUAUCUCAAGAAGAAAUCCAUUGGUAUGAAAGGAAUUUAUUUAAUUAUGAUAAUAAGAAACGUUUUUCAAGACAAACUAAAAGAAAAUAUAAAGGUUAUCACAAGAAGUUAACUGGUUUAAAAAGUCAUUGGCUUCGAAGUAAAAGAAAUUGGAUCAAAUCCCCUAAAAGAUUUGCAUGGCUGACAAAGAAGCAAAAUGAAAAUUAUUCUCUACUGAGAUCAAAACGCUCCGUUCAUGAAAAUGAGAUCUCUGCCGAUGAAAAAUUUAAAAUAUCUAGUGAUACAGUUGUAACCAAUGACGAUCUCGGAAAUAAAUCUGCAUUAAAUCAUCAUUCUACAAAUAAUGUUGUUGCUGUAAUCACCGUGCACAAAAUCGCUAUUCGUCCAUCCGUAUUAAUUUUAAAACAAGGAAAUGUUCAAGCACGUAUACACUAUGUUAUGCAAUUACAUAAAGAAUUAACUGAGCAAUAUCGUCUUAUUUUGGAAGUACGUAUUAAUCCAGAAUUUCCUCCGUUAUACAUUGGAGUUAUCCAGAAUGUAUGUGAUUAUUGGCCAGCGAAUGUUCCACAAUCAAAAUGUUCACUGAAGAGACCUAGAUUUUAUCAGAAAAAUACAAUGUGCUUUUGUAAUAUGCCACCGGGUAUUUAUAGACAACGUGUCAAAUUGAAUCUUAACAAUAUUCUAGAUGAACUUGAAUUACCGCGAUUUUUAGUUAAUUUCUUAUUUUCUGAUAAGAAACUUGAUGUUCAUAUUACAAUCAAACUAGAAAUGGAAAAUAAAGAUCUUGUAGGUUGUAUGAAAGUUAAAUUACCAUUACAAUUUAUAUCUGCAUAA